AUGGAAACCAUGGAUAUGCAUGACUUGUUCAACGACCAACCGGAAGGUAGUGGUGGAGCCGAAGGAGGUGAGGACGAAACGGUAAUUGACGAAGAUGAUUUCAUCGAUCCUUUCGACCAAAUCGUUUAAGAACUAGAUGAAGUGAAGACAUCUAGUUACCGUAAGGAGAACGAAGGAGAAAAACACAAAAGAAGGAAGGAGCAGUUAAAUAGACUAUACGUCAUCGGAAAAUUUAAUUACAUAAAGUGAGAGUUUGCCAGAAGAUUGUUUAGAAGUGAAUACCGAAUAGAUCUGACCGACUGGCAAAAUUCCAGGGAAUUUAUCUCUCGUUUGGACAUCACUAAAUAUAAGCUGACAUUCGACGGAACUGAAGUUGGAUACAUUGAUACGGGUGGUGCGUACAGAAUGUCUGGAAAUAAAAAAAAUUCCGGAUCUGUGACAAAGUUCAGAAAGCAAUAUGAAAAAGCACUUGUAGAACAUAAGAAAAAAUUUCGUAGCGUGAUUGAAGAGGAGACCCAGGGAGAGGCAUCGGGAGCGAAUGUAGAGGAUAUUUACGAAGACGACGUAGAGGAACUCCAAAGGGAAGUAACCGUACAGGGUGACGAUCUUGUGGAACAGGCAAAAAAAUUGCAGGACGAAGGAAAAAUAGCGGAACAAGAAAGGAGAGAGUUUGCAGGAGUAACGCUACCCAAGGGUCCACCUGAAGAUAAGAUUCAGCACGUGAACAUGUUGAUGAAGGAUUGGAAGAAUAAUAUGGAAAGUAACACGGACGCCGAUAGACGAAGGAUUACGGAAAAUGCCGUCGGUGUUGCAAAACGUGUCAUCGACAACGCAGAGCUGGAAAUGGGACGGGUUCCACAUUCGGAAAGCAAAACAUCGUUAUAG